AUGGGGGGAGCUGUAGGGCUAGCCAUUAUCGGGGAACAAGGAUUCACUACAUUACAGCGAUUGCUUGUUCCGGCCCCUCAGGCUCAACUCAAGGAUCUGGUGUCAGAGGAGUACAGGGCCCCAGUCUCAGAAGCAAGAGAAACAAUAUUAUAUGAAGAUAAUGAAAUUGAAAACAGACAUGGGAAUAUAGGGAAAAACUUUGAAAGAGUUUCAAACUCAGGAAAUACCAACCUCAUGCUGGUGAAGAAAAGGAUAUCAAUAUUCUUCCUAUUAAUACCAAAGCGUUACCUUUCUUCUGCUGAAAUGCAUGUUUUGUCUCAGAGAAUAAAAUUACCUAAGAAAAUAUCCAGACGUUACCCAGCCUAUGAACUGUAUCUCUACGGGGAAGGAAUUUCUGCAGAAGAAAACAGAAAUCUAAUCUUAACAGGGAUUCCUAUCCUUUUUCUUCCUGGCAAUGCUGGAAGUUUUAAGCAAGUACGUUCCCUUGGAUCAAUAGCACUGAGAAAGGCAGAAGAUAUGGAUUUCAAAUAUCAUUUUGAUGUCUUCAGUGUGAAUUUCAACGAGGAACUUGUUGCACUAUAUGGUGGAAGUCUACAAAGGCAGACGAGAUUUGUGCAUGAGUGUAUUAAAAUAAUUCUUAAAUUAUAUAAGGGUCAUGAAUUUGCUCCCCGCAGUGUUGCAGUAGUAGGUCAUUCCAUGGGUGGUCUUGUUGCAAGAGCACUAGUGAUUCUUAAACAUUUUAAACCCGAACUUCUCAAUAUUCUUAUUACUCAAGCGACCCCUCAUGUUGCACCUGUGUUGCCUUUAGAUCAAUAUCUUGCUGAUUUUUACUCAACCGUGAACCAUAACUGGAUUCAGAAGGCUCAAGAAAUAAAGAAUCUAACAACCCUUUCUGUAGCAGGAGGAUUCCGAGAUUAUCAAGUUCGCUCUGGAUUGGCUUUUCUGCCCAGUUCAAAUAGUCAAAAUUGUGCUUUAUCUGUUGUGAGUUCAGCAGUUCCUCGAGUUUGGGCUUCCACAGACCAUCUUUCCAUUGUUUGGUGUAAGGAAUUGAACUUGGCUACCGUCAGAGCAUUUUUUGACCUUAUUGACGAUAACACUAAACAGAUAACAGAAAAUCCCCAAAGAAAAAUUCUGGUCCUGAAUCACCACUUUUUAAGGUAUCCAGGAAAACUCUUUGAAGAAAGACCUGAAUCAAUUACUGAGUUAACAGAAGCAUCCAUUUGGAUUAAUAUAAAAACUUCAAAAUGGUCCUACAAAGGAUACAAUGAAACAGAUGGAAAAUAUUUCAGCUUUUCUCUCUCAAGCCAAAGAAAAUCAUUCACUCAUAUUUACUGCCAAAACAGUAUAUUGGAUACAAAUAGCUGGAUAUUUGGUUGUGCAAACAGUACUUCAUCAAAGUGUCAGCAAGCAAUUGACUUGUCUUGGAAUGCUGAGUUACUACCAACAGUCAAGAUUGUGACUUUGAAACUUCAAGAUUAUCCAUCUUUGACUCAUAUUGUCCUUCAUAUUCCAGUAGUUAAUGGUAUUAAGUUUACUUUGGACUGUGAGUUCUUUAAUGAAGUUUCAAGAACAGUGCAACUCCCUGUAACCCAUCUUUUUACUUUUGGAUUUUCUUCAAGCAAAAUCAUACUAAAUUCAACUGGCCUUAUUCACAUUGUUCAGCUACAACAUUUUGGUCAGAUAUACCAGGCUUUUAAUAUCUUUAUAGAGAGUAAAUGCCAGAUUCUCAAAGAAAGAAAACCCAAUGUGUAUCAACUUCAUAUACCAUGGUCACAUGAAGAUUUCUUAACUUUGUCACAAGAUUCUUUGACUGAGAUUUCUGCAAAAUUGCACAUUGCACAGCCUGAAAAUGACUCUACAGUUUCUUUGUUGAAAAUGUAUUCAUCUUCAGAUUGUCAAUAUGAAGUUACUGUCAAGACCUCUUUUCUGCAGGUCCUUGGUCAGGUGAUGAGAUUCCAUGGUGGCACUCUUCCUAUGUACAUUAUUUCUAAUAUUCUUCUUGCCUACAGAAGACAGUUAAGGUCCCUAGUGUCAACAGGUCAGUGUUCAGAUUUCGUUCCUGCACUUACUAAAGCAGCUAAGCCUUAUAAAGUAGAACCCGUAGCAUACAUGAUUAGGUUCUUCUUGGGACUUAACUGGUUUAAAGGACUCAGAAAUCCAGACCUGGAUCGUGUCACAGUGAACAACCAGGACUUGUGGUUUCCUUUUGUAUCCCUGAUUCUCUUUAUGUUUGGGACUGGCAUAGCCUAUUGGGGUGGCAUACUUCUUGACUCAUCUAUAAGGCUCUUAUCUUCAUUGCACUUAGCUUUGACCAGACCCUCUGGACCUCCAUCUCACAACCGUCUGAUUACCCGAUUAAGAUUUUGUGUUGCGGUUUCAAUGUUUUUUCUUUGUUGGACUACCUGUGGAGCGCUGGCAAUAAUGAUGACUUAUUUUCAUUAUAUAUUCAAGGUUGUUAAUUUCCAUUCAAAUUUAAGAUCUGAACUAAGUGUUUGUAAUGCGCCCAUAAAGAACCCAGAACCUAAAUCAGAAGAUUCAAAAAACGAAAAGUGGAACAGCUGCAGAUCGGAGGAUUGCCCUUCAGAAGCAAGAAACUCAUUUAGCACCACAAUCGCCAAUGACAGCAUUAUAGAUAGCCUUAAGAUGCAUGUCACUGUCAUCAACUUAAUGACAUGGAUUGUGCUUCUUAGUUGUCCAUCCUUAAUUUAUUGGCUAAAAAAUAUCAGAUACAAUAUCAGACUUGAUCCUGAUCCAUGCAGAUUUGUUGCUGUUAUUCUGAUAGUCAUUUUGGGUAUACUCAUGAAUACAAGUACUACAAAACUUAAAUCAAGUAAAUUAUUGAAGAUUGCAGCAUAUUUUCCACUUCUUUUCUCUGUUGCUGCUGUAGUUUUUGCACCUGUUUAUUUAUAUCAAAUGCCAUACUUUGUAAUAAUUCCUCUUUUUUUACAUUCAUUAUGCAGCAUUGUUUAAAAUACUUUAGCUGGCCAAAACAGUAAGAGAUGGGGAAGUAUAGAUAAUAUAGGAAAACCUACGCUGCAUCUUCUAUCAAUGGUAGAAAAUGGAAAGGCUAUAGGUUUCCAAAGAAAACAAUAUUUUACUUACUAAUUUUUAAAAGAAAUGCAUAAAUCUGUUGCUCAGUAAGCACUUUGUUCUCGACACUGAGAGAAAACAUGGUUGCAUCGGUUCCUUGUAUUGAAGCAAAUGGCUUAUACUUAUUUAUUUUAGAAUUGAAAGUUUACAUGUCCAAGAUACUUCUGUGUACUUAUUUCAUUGAAUCACCACUCCCAUAUUUAUUUUGGCAAUAUUACUGUUGGAGUAAAUAAGAUAACAGUUUGUAUUGUGAAAUGGAACGUUAACAGAGUAUUUUCUGCAUAGAAGCCAUUUUAUUCAAGGGCAGUGAAACCCUGCAUUGUGUAUAUGAUCAUUUCUCUAAUAUGUUCCUUUUUAGAUACUUCACUGGACAAUUCUUAUAGUUCCAACCAUGUUGGAAAGACUAGGUUAAAGACAGACAAACAUGACAAUUCAGAAAACUUCCCUAGAGCUAUACACAGAGAUUUUAAAAAUGCAUCCUGGAAGUAUUUCAUUAGAAUAACAUUUUGCUAAUGUCAUUCAGCACCUCUUGGGUCCAAUAUUAUUUGGAUUGAUAAAAUGUAGGCAUCAAAGAUAUCAAUACUUAUCUGUGCACAAAGAAGUUUUAAAAGGACCUGCCUUUAGGCAGAACUAUGUUAAUGUUACAUAUAACCAUUUAAAAAGCAGCAAAUAUUUUGGUUCUUUAAAUAAAAUGCAUAAGGGAUUUUUGCUGCUUUUGCAUAUCACCAUGAGCUUAAAACUUCAUUGUAUUUCUUAGCAGCUCUUUUACAUAAUGGCUAAUUUCCUCUUCCUAAAGAGAUUCUUCUUCUAAACAAAGUUAUAAUACAUAUUUUCCUUACUUGUAUCCACUAUAAUUCCUGCCUAAAGUGCCUUUGGUUAGUUAUUUGUCUCUUGUUUAUCAUUUUUUUUUCUAAUUUAUUAAACAAAUAUUUAUAGAAUUGUUCUGUAAUAUUAACAAUUUCGUAUAUUGUGCUAUGUAUGAAUCAUCACACGUGUUAAUGUUACCAUCUUUACAUGGAAUGCUUCAGGGUCAAGCCAGUCUUGGUAUUCAGGCAUACUUUUAAUAGGAUAUUAAAAUAUUCUUAGGCAAGUCUCUGGAAAAAAGUCCUCCAAUAUCUAAUUUUCAACUGAUUUUAUGGCACUAAACUGAGCUAUCAGUGUACUCUGUGACCUACUUAAUGGAUGACUUACAACAUCCGCAAUGAGUUUCUUUUUUACUGCUAUACUGGGCUUUUUGCCAACAGCUGGCAGAGCACAAAGUAAUGCAAUCUAUUCUCAGACCUCGUUCAAUGAAGACUGACCUUGGAAAGCAUUUCUAUGCCUCUCAUAGCUGUAUGCGAAAUAGAAUUUUGGCAGUGACCUUUUGUCUCUUGUCAGCGCUACAGCAAGGGAAAUGGUACUUGCCAAAUUAUUCCUUCUCAAGCAGAAGCUAAGGGCACAAAAGUUCUCUUCAAAUUCAUGCAUUGGAACCUCCUGGGAAGCUUGUCCUUCUAAUCAGAUGCCAAUGAGAACCUCAAUUUGUUAAAGGUCAUAAUAGGUUUUAGUAAAGGCUCUGUUUGACUGUAUAACCUUUAUCUAUUUUGCAAUGCAUAUGGUGUGGGUAUGUGUGUGUCAUAGCAUCUAAUAUUUAUUAACAUUGUGGUAGCUUAUUGCAUACCAGCUCAUAAUCUAUGGCUAUUCAGACUGAAAGCAUUAGAAGUUAAGAAGCUAUCCAAUACACUUUAGAAUCUGUAAGACAGCUCUGGACAAUCUAUUAUGGAUUCAUGUAUUACUAGAAAAUCAAAGCUGCUGAAUGUGGUCUCAUACCUGUAUAUGAGAAGCGGGUGAAUUGAGAAAUCUCUAUAAUCAUAUUCUUAGGUAAAUGAUGCUAUUUUACACUCUAUGUGAAUUGUGCAUACUUAGGAUGUAUAGCACUUUUAUUAUACUUUUUACAUAUUUUUGUACCUGCCUAGAAAUUAAUAAUUUAUAGUUUUAGAUUGUAUAUUGAAAGUAGUUUUACACUUUUAUCUGAAAUGUUUUGCUUUUUUCCUAUUUUGGAUCCCCUUCUCUUUUUGCUUUUAAUUUGGAUUUAGAGUGUCCAUUAAAAAAAAAAACAAGCAGUGUAAUCGUAGCCAGGCUACUCACAAGAAAGUCAAUUUGAGUGCAUUGAGAUUUUCUUCAGUUAAGCAUGCGACUAUGUGUAGAACUGUAGGUAUUUCAGGAAAGUAGUCUAAGGAAAUUUUAAAAUGAAAACAUCCCUACUUUUUAAUAGAGUCUUGCCAGAGGUGUCAAACUGGUGGCUCGCUGGUUGGAUGCGUGUGCAGCCACGCCUACCCCGGCUCCACAAGGCAAAAAAUGUUGUGAUAUGUCACAUCACGCGACCGAGUUUAGCAUCCAUUCAUCUAGGCCA